CAGGGUUUUGAAGUGACUGUCCAUAAUCGCAAAUACUACGCUUUCUCAGACUAUAAGAAAGAGGGCACAAAAGUGAUCAACAUUUGCAACCAAACCACAAAUGGUUGGUCGCACGACGUGUUGGGCCGCAACUGGGCCUGUUAUCAGGGAAAGAGGGUCACCGGACAACACACAGAGAAAGUACACUAUCUCGUCGAUACCGAAGCGCUCAGUAAUGGUGUGUUUAGACAAAAUCCCGACACAAUCGCCAAAAUUAACUCAAUCCAGAGCUCAUGGACUGCCAAACAUUACCCACAGUUUGAGGGAAAUUAUCCAUCGCCGGCACCGGUAACCGAAGCAGUGCGACAACUGGCCAAUGAAUUGCCGGAAGCGUUUGAUUGGAGGAAUGUUAGUGGAGUUAGUUAUGUGACACCCGUUAGAGACCAGGGUGGUUGUGGCAGUUGUUAUGCGUUCGGGUCGUUGGGUAUGAUCGAGGGGCGGCUAAAAGUGGUGACCAAUAAUAAACAAACAGUUGACCUCUCGGAACAGGAUGUGGUCAGCUGUUCGGCCUAUAAUCAGGGCUGUGCCGGAGGUUUCCCAUACCUGACCGCUGGCAAAUACGGACAAGAUUUCGGUCUUACUCUUGAAGCCAACAAUCCCUAUAAGGGAGUGGACUCCAAAUGUGGGACCAAACAAGGAGCGGAACGGUAUUACACGGCUUACUAUAACUAUGUGGGCGGGUAUUACGGGGGCUGUAAUGAGGAGUUGAUGCGGAUAUCACUGGUCAGAGACGGACCCCUCGCCGUGUCCUUCCAGUACGGCAUGUUUGACGACUUUGUGUCGUACGGGUCCGGCAUUUAUAGCCCGACUCCUGUCAAACACGACAACGGAGAGUACAACCCCUUCGUUGAGGUCAACCAUUCAGUACUGAUUGUCGGUUACGGCGUUGACUCNCCAAUUUCUGUGUUCCGUCGCAUUUCUCGGUCCUCUCGGCCGACCUCUCGGACUCCGAGAACACCCAAACCCCUCACUAUUUUCAACAUUAUCUACUAG